UUUACAAAAUCGGUUUCUCCUUCUUAUCUUCAUUUUGUGUUAAUUUUUUUUAUCCCAUCUUCCCACGAUAUUGUCACCUACCACUUGGUGUGGUUUUUUCAAAUCUUGGGUUGGUUGAAAGUUUUAAACUUUUUUUGAUUUCUUUGCAAGUUUGGUUUUGAAUGAAUGCUUCUGAGAGAAGGUUUUUGAACAGGUAUCGCUUCUUGUCAUUGGAUGUGUGAAUUUAUGAACCUAUUCCACAGAGGUCAUGCAUUAUUCUGCCUCCUCCUGGUUCAUUUUGCAUCCAAGACCUGGUGUCAGUUUCCGGGUUCUGUUAGAAUUCCUGGUGACUGUUAAUGUUUAGGGUUCCCCAGAUCUCAAUCAUACCAGUGAGGAGAGACUAGUAUAGGUGUGGACUGGAGUCCCCUUCAGUACCGAAUUCUAGAAGAUUAUUGGGGUUUGCUCAUUAGGGUCUGAAAAAAUUUGGAUGGGGCAUUCUGCAGCUGUGUGGGACUAUAGAGCAGCAACUGAAAUCACAAAGGACUGGAAUGGAAUUGAUCAAAUGGUCCUUCGGACUCCACAAGGCGCUUCGGCACGGGUAAGCUUAUAUGGGGCACAGGUCACUUCAUGGCGGAAUAAGCUGGGGGAAGAACUUCUAUUCACAAGUAGCAAGGCAAUUUUCAAGGCCCCAAAAGCAAUGCGAGGAGGAAUUCCUAUAUGUUUCCCACAGUUUGGAAACUGUGGAUCGCUGGAGCUGCAUGGAUUUGCAAGAAAUAGAAUGUGGGCAAUUGAUGAUAAUCCUCCUCCUCUGCCUGCAAAUGAUUCCAGUGGGAAAUCCUUUAUUGACCUGCUGCUCAAAUCAUCUGAAGAAGAUAUGAAAGGCUGGCCACAUAGUUUUGAGUUCCGUCUUCGGGUGUCUCUUACGACAGAUGGAGACUUGACUUUGACAUCACGAGUCAGGAAUAUCAAUGGCAAGCCAUUUAGUUUCUCAUUCGCAUAUCACACAUACUUGUUGGUUUCUGACAUUAGUGAGAUAAGGAUUGAAGGUCUGGAGACACUUGACUACCUGGACAACCUUUUCCAAAAGGAACGAUUUACAGAACAAGGAGAUGCGAUAACAUUUGAAUCUGAGGUGGAUCGAGUUUAUCUUAGCUCUCCAAAUAUAAUUGCAGUUCUUGAUCAUGAGAGGAAACGGACAUUUGUCAUAAGGAAGGAGGGUCUCCCUGAUGUUGGGGUGUGGAAUCCAUGGGAGAAGAAAUCAAAGUCGAUGGUGGACUUUGGUGAUGAGGAGUAUAAGCAGAUGCUUUGUGUUGAUGGGGCAGUAAUAGAGAAACCUGUUAACUUGAAGCCUGGAGAGGAAUGGACAGGGCGCAUUCAGCUCUCGGUUGUGCCAUCUAGUUUUUGUAGUGAGCGUUUGGGUCUCGACUAAAUUGGUCUUUUGACGAAUUGUACAAAAUAAUCUUGGUUUAUGUUACAUUAGCAAUUUAGCAUUUUUAUUUUUACUUUUACUUUUUUGGUGAUUGGCAGAAAUACUGCUUUUUAGGUUUUCUGUUAUCAACUUUGGCUAGAAUUAGUGCUUUUAGAAAGAAAAAGAAGCCUAUGUUUUUGUGAGAAUUGGCUAUCAACUUUGGAGGUAAUAUUAGCUGUACUGGCAUGGCAUCUACAAAUUCCAAAACAAAGGAAGGGUACAAAACUUCACUUUCAUCUGUCAUGAGCAAGUGGUCAAUGUUAAUGGAUGCAUUAAUUAAUUAGUUAGGUUAUGCUGUGGAUUCUCUUUCCUCAUAAAGUGUUAGAUUAGAACUUUAGUUGUGUAGGUGCCAAGUUGUUUCCCUGCUUGGUUUUUAUAAUGUUGUUUGUCGGUAGGGCUAUUUUUAUUAUUUUCUGUAAUAGGCAAGGGUAACUUAAUUUAGACUUUCUUGUUGCUAUAUGCAAAGACUAGGGUUUAAAAAAUUUCUCGUCCUAUUAUUAGAGCCAGGUUUCGAUAUUGGACUUGUGGUCUAGGACCCACCACGCUUUUACUGCGCUAAUAAAGGCUUUGGUGUCGAGGGAUGGGUUUCUGUAAUUCGGUCUGUUCACUUUGGACGUCAAGAGGUUGAACUGGUGAGACUUGCUACGUAGUUUUUUUUUUUUUUUUUUCUUGUUUUUUUGAGGUGUCAUGGCACUUUUA